AUGGUCUUCUCAUGCUCCGUCUCUCUGGAGCUGAGGUCUCUCACUGCAGACAGAAGCUGGAACUUCUCCUUCUCCAACAGUUCCUUGUUAUUCAGAGUCUCUGUAGUGGUGCUCCUCUCCUCUUACUUCAGCUUCAUGUCUCCGUCCGCGGCAGGUCCACUUCACUGUGAGCUUCUGAGACAUUGUUCCUCUCCACAGGGCAGAUGUCAGAGUGGGGACUUCUUUCUUCAGUUCCAGUGUCUCCUUCUCCAGCCUCUGCACUAUACUCUCCACAAGAGUUGUCCUGUCCUUCUCCAGAUCACUUGUCAGAGAGAAAACCUAAUGCUUCAACCCCUGUGUCUGUGUCUCAAGAAUGUUCACUUUACCUUGAGACUCCACAAAGCUGUCCCUUUCCGCAUCCAGGGUUGA